UAAACUUCCGGUAAAAAGAAUGAUACGUAUGAACACACAAAUUCUUUUUUGAAUUUCCACAUUACUUGUAGGAUUUGUGAUGAAUUUAUAUGUUCAAAUACCGGAUUUAAGUGCCAAAGAAAUUAAUGUAUUGCAGGAUAAAUAUUAAAAAUUACCGGGAGUACAAAAUAUGAUAACCAGAAGUUGGCCCAGAUCGCCGGUGAUAACCACACUGUUUAUUGUUGUAACAGUUUUGUUGAACUCGCUUUUGAUUUUGUGUGAUAAUUCAGAACAGGGAGGCAUCAAAGAAGAAUGUGAUGAGAAAGACCCAUCAUGCAGUACAGAUAAACUGAGUUUGGAAGCCAUUAAUGAAUUACAUCAUAUGAUAGACGAUGACCAAGAUGGCAAUGUGAAUCAACAGGAAAGCAAAGGGUUUUUGAAAGAAGAAUUACAAUAUACGGGUGGAUCAGAACGAGUGGCUAUAUUCCAUAAUAAUGAUUCCUUGAUCUCAGUGGAUGAUUUAUGGAAAGCAUGGAUGAAAUCAGAUGUAUACAACUGGACAGUAGAUGAUGUGGUCCAUUGGUUAGAGUCACAUGUACAUUUACCACAGUACAGUGCCACCUUUAGGGCACAUAAUGUCAUUGGACGUUCUAUGCCUAGACUGGCUAUCACUAAAGGAACCAACACACUGAAGACAGAGUUAGGAAUAAAAAAUGGAAUUCACAGACAGAAAAUAUCAGUUCAGGCCAUGGACUUGGUCCUCUUUGGACCUCCAAAAGAUGGUCAUAAUGUGUUGAAAGACAUUGCUCUGAUUUUGUCCACGUUUUUUGUGGUGGGCGUGUCCUGGUUUGCAUAUUCACAGAACAAGAGGUCAAAGUGUCAACUGGAGAGGAUGCUGAGAGAAAUGGAAAAUUUACAGAGAGCUGAUGACGAACUCAAAGAUGUUCAGAAUAAAUUAACUGAAGCAGAAGAAUUACAACUAACAGUGGUUAAAGAGAAAACAAAGUUAGAAAUGAAAUAUCAAGACGAAAUAGAAAUGGCAAAGAAAGAAGCUGAAAGACUUAAAAUAGCUAGAGAGGGCAGUAUUGAAGAAAUAUCUCGACUUAAACUAGCUGAAGAGGAACUUGUACAGGUUAGGGGAGCAUUAAAGAGGGCUGAAAAGGAGUUGGAGCGAUCUCAAUGGGUAACACCAGGAGCCCUAAGAAACUGGUUACAACUCACCUAUGAAAUAGAACUAGAUUAUUUCAACAGGAAGAAACUAGCAGCUGAUAUACAGUUUAAGAGAGCUAGGGAGGAGUGUGAAAAAAUGAGUAAGAAGCGAGUAGGAAUUUGGGGGUCUUUACGGGUAGCUACUAGUAGCAGUAUGGAUGAAAUGGAUCACCAAAUAGAAGAAGCCAGAUCAGCAUUAGAAGAAGUAAAGCAUUGUUUGGAUGAGAGAUUACAAAGAUGGCACAAUAUAGAACAGAUCUGUGGCUUUCCUGUGUGUACUAAUCCUGGCAAAGAGAAACUUGUUCAGAUGUUACAGAUAGGUGUUCCCCAGAAUAUAUCAGUUGAUUUAGGAUUUAGGAAUGUUGAAGAAGGAGAACUAGAUGAAGACAUACCACCAGGUUAUCCUGGAACUGUUUUUAUGCAGCACACGGUAACUAAUGGCAUGGUUCGCCCACCACCUUACCCAGCUGUAAAUUGCCAACCAGCCAGAACAAAUACAUGUAAUAAGAAAAAGUUGUUCCGAAGAUGGUCAGAAACUAAUAUGGUGGCACAGCCAAGGUACCCUGUACCAGGAACCAGUACACCAUUGAGACCACACAAUUUACCAAACAAUCUGAAAAAUUCAAUGGGACAGUUGGGUAGCAGUAGCUCAUUACCUAGGUCACGGACUCCAAAAAAGAGACAUUCUGAUGAGUCACAUCAAAGUGAUGACCUGUCUAGCAAUAGUACGGAGACACCCCCAGAUACCAGUCUACCAGAUAAACCAGUCUUUCAUUUAGACAACAAUUCACCUUCCCCAGAAAGUGUGUUACAGCAGCAACAUGCACCACCUAGUUACCAACCUAUGAAGGUUUCCCAAUCAAUGAAUAUAUUAGGGAACAGCAAGCAUUACAGUGAUACUAUCGGAGGACUGGGUUAUAUAAAGAACCAAGAUAUUUUAAGACAGAACGUGCCUUUUGGAAAACGUAGCCAAUCAGAUGCAAACUUAGAAAAAUUGAAUAAUUCAGCUCAUUUGCUUACAAAUCAUAGCAUUGAAGAAAAGACUAAACCUAAAGAAAAAAAGAAGAAUGUGUUUAAUAAAUUAUUUCAUAAGAAACAUAAAUCUUGAAUCGAUGAUUGUUGUUUUUUUAAUUUUUUCUACAAAAAGGUUGUUAUGUUUUGUGAGGUUAUGUAAUGUAUUCUGUUGUAAACCUGCCUUUAGGCUUGCCUAAAUAUAUGUUGCUAUGCUACAGAAACUGAAGGAUUAUGGGUAAUAGUAUUGUGUUUAAGACCAUGCAAACUAUGUUUAAUCUUCUGAUAUAUAUUUACUAUUUGUAAUGUAUUGAACCAGUUGCUUGAAAGUAAGUAAUGUUUAUCCACAAUGCUAUGCUUUUAUUUGUUAUAUACAAAUGAGUAAUUAUUUACCCACAAUGCAUUUUUUAAACAAUAUGGAGGCAGCAUUAUGGUGAAAUGAUGUUGGUUGGUUUCUUUUAAGAUAAAAAAACAUCUGAUAAGAAGAUUUAGAUUUUUUAUUUUCAGAGUAAAUAAAUAAAGCAUGUAUAUUGAAGAAAAACAUGUUUAUUUGCAUUCUUAGUCAAGCUACUAAUUGAAAGUUUCAUCAUUGACUUCUUAAAGUUGGUCUCUUUGAUGAAGAGAAAAUAUCUAUUUCUAUAAAAUGAUUUUGAGAGGAAGAAAAAAAAUCUUUCUGUAUUUUUAUCAAAAACAUUGCAAAGCAUAAUUGUUUGAGGCUAGUAAGCCUGUGUAAUAAUUGUAGAAUUAAAAAAAUAUAUAUAUAUAUACCUGGUUAAUGUUUUAUUCAGAGGCAGGAUUAAAAUAUUGGGCAUUAAAGUACAGACUAUAACCAAGCUUUAAAAUUUGAACUAUUUUGAAAAAUCAUUUUAAGCAUUUUAAAACUUACACAAAAGUGUAUACAUUUAUUUCUUUUUUUCCUAAACCAUGAAAAUAAAAAUUUAAUAACUAGAAAAGGUGUAUCAAAAUUAUACAAUGCUUUUGCCAUCUUAAUAUAUGUUUCAAAAAAUUUAUGCGAUAUAUGUAAAAAGGAAUAUCCUUUAGCAUUUAGAGAUAUCCCCUUUGCUUUGUUUUGGAUUCUUUUGCUAGUCUAAGAGAGAUUAAUGUAUAUAAAUUGUGUAAAUUACUAGUUUGGAAUAUAUUAUAUAUAUCUUGAUAUUUAAUUUAUUAGAUAACAGUAGAAAGUAGAAAUAAAGUUAGAUAUAUAUAUCAGUUUUUGGAAGAUUUUUUUUGAUAGGGCUCAUAUUUGGUGCAACCAAAUGAUUUUCUGUGCAGUUCAAUAUGGCUUUAUAAAUUACAGUAAAGACAUAAACAAGUAUUUGCUUCAUAGGCAAAAAAGAAUUAUAAUUUGCUUACUAGACAAAAAAUUAAAAUUUGUUGGUGGACAAUGUGAUGGUAUGGAGGAUUUUUCCUC